AAGUAUGGCCAUUGCAAAAAAAUGUGUUGCAAUAAUGUCUCGAAAAAAACAACAGCGCUAUUCCGAAAUACACAGUUACAUUUUUGGAAUAUAAAAGUUGCUAGCUACAUAGUGCAUGUAAAUUAUUUUGCACCACGUUAAUUGCCUAUUUUGGGUUGUGGUCAUAGAGUUGGAGCUAACUUAUUAGUAAAUAGCGCAACCUUGUGGUAGUGAAUCGUAAUCAAAGCAUUUUUACACGUCAAUACAAAACUGUGCAUACAGUGUUUGAUCAUUUUCUUUCGGAUGUUAAUGAAAACAUAAAUCCCAUCUGCGCCUUACAUGCUGCUAGCCACUAUGACGCAAAGGUCUCGUUUUACUACUAAACUGUAUUACAUUAUUGCUACGUCAUCAAAGUCGUUCCAGAAUAAAUAUAUAUAAGGCCAGUUUUUCAAGGAAAGAAAAUAAUGUAGUCUAAGUGAAAAGGGGAUAAGGUGUAACAUGACGUCAAUGAGAAGGAUAGUUCCGGAAUGGAAAUAUUUUCUUCCGCAGCUGAAACAAACUAUAAAGGAAGUGAGUGGUCCUGAUGAAGAUGAGGUGGAGGAAGAGACAGCCCUGUGUCUGGAUGCCACUCCCACAAUGCAGUUCCGAUACUCGUGUGCACAGAACUACUUACAGUGCCUCACCACCAACUCAAGCCUCAGUGGCACUGUGGUGGUGGGCUUCCAAUGGGGACACACCAUGACGUCACAUCGGGUGAAAAUGGGGCAUUAAAUAGGGAUUUACAGAUGUAAAUUAAAAGACAAUACUGUGUAUAAUAAAAAGUUAUGCUAUACAAUAACAUGUAUAUUCAUCCUGUUAGGCCAAGCCAAUUCGUUCCAGGGUGGUAUGCCAUUGCAUGAUGCUCAAAUAGAAUUAGCAAAAACCUCAAAACUGCAAAUCCAUGAACCCUUACCUCCCUCUGUCAGAUGGAGGUGUGGACAGAGAACCUGCGAGGGGAUCUAAAGCACAACCUGAGCCUGCCACUGGACAGGGGCUACCGGGUGGAGCACCUGGUCUCUGUGCCCAGCCAGCGGGUCUUCGUUGGGGCCUGCGAUGACCUCUCUCUGCGCGUGUUCUCUGACCCAACGCAGGGCAUGGCGGUCCUGUACCGGGCCAAUUGCCUGGGCUCUGUGCUCUGUAUGCACUACUGCAAGGAGACAGAGGAGCUGCUGACUGGCAGCAUGGGCAUCAUCACCUUCUGGGGCUUCUGGACUAAUCUGCAGACCCACCUGGGGAUAAUCAAGGUGCUGGACUGGCACUGCACUUCCUUGAGGAGGGACACUACCAUUAGUGGCCUGGUGACGGAGAGACGAGCGUCCACGCUUUAUGCGCUCUGCAACCGCGGCAUCAAGAGCUUUGACUUUGUGGGGAAGAAAGAGUACAGGGCUCUCAGGGGCCACGGUCAGGGUACUCUGCGCUGUGUGUCGCCUGACUGGGUGCAGAGGUACCUCUAUACGGGCGACAUGAUUGGGUUUGUACAGGUGUGGAGCUGGGAUACUAGGAGCCUGCUGCAGGAGUUCAGGGCCCACGCCCGCUCCGUAUCCACAGUUCUCAUGAGGCCCAGCACCCACACGCUGCUCACCUCCUCCCCGGACGGCUGGGUGAAGGAGUGGAGCUGUAGUGGGGACCUCCUCCUCAAGCUCUUCCUGGAUGACCCUGGGGGGGUACGCAACCUGUGGCCGCUGGGCGAGCACCGCAUCCUGUGCCACUCCCCUUCGUCAUUCUCCAUCUGGAGGCUCCAGAACCUGUACAGGCUGUUUAAUGACCCAGGCUGUGGGAUGCAGCUCCUGAGGCGGGUCGAGAGCAGUCCGGGACAGGCACAGCUCCUGGCUGUGUCGCAGGAUAGUAUCGCCAGACUGAUCUCUCCCGUCAGCGGGGAGUUGCUACUUCUCUCCUGGCCCUUCCUCCUCCUGGACCAGGCUCUGGGGUUUGCCUACAACCCUGGUCGGAAGGAGUUGUUUGUGGCCAGUGGUAGUCCAGAGGUCCUGGUGCUAGACAUGGCUUUGUGCCCUUGCACAGCUAAGCGGAUCAUCCGGACCUCUAGGGACCAGGACCUGGAUGACAGCGUGAUGUGCCUGGAGGCGGUGAUGGUGGGUGGGGCGGACUUGGCCAGAGUCAGCCCCCUACCCUGCCUGGUGUUCAGUGGCCACCGCAACGGGAAGCUCCAGCUGCUCUCCCCCCACCGACUGGGCUGCCCCGCCAGGAAGGCCCAUGAUGGUGCUAUCUUACAGAUGAGCAGCCUGGCCGGGCCCAGGCCUCAGCUCUGCUGCUACGGCUCAGACAAGCAGUUCAGCAUAUGGGAGGUAGAGAUGGGGGAAGUCCAUGUGGAGGUCGCACCUCUGGCCAGGGUGAGUUGCUCCUUUGACCUGGUUCUCUCCCGACUCCUCUCUGGUCAGAUAUUUGCUGUUUCCCCCAACUAUAGUCUUCUCUUCUUCUCCUUGCCUAGCGGAGGGUGUUUGUGGAUGGAGAGGAACCCCCCGACCUCCAUCUCUUGCCUGGAUUACUGCGCUGCUCUGGGGUUGGUGGUGGUGUCGGGACCUGGGGGCACUUUGGAAGUGUGGGAGACUCGGGGGGUGCAGUUGGCCGAGAUACGCCUGGGUAUGCCGGUUAGUCAGUUGUGCUUCGCUAACACCCGCGGGGACCUUCUGGCCUGCUUUGGAGGCACCAUCUGCAUCAUCUCCGGCCUGCGCUACCUGCCUGCCAGGCUGCUGCAGCAGGUACUGGACCUGGCCCCCGCGGAUGACAUCCUGGAGGAUCCCAUCCCGUUUCUACCUCGCUCCCAGAGCUGCUAUGAUAUUUAUUUGGUGCCACGGAUGUUCCUGAAGCCUGGGCAGGCCACGCCAGAGUUGAAUGAGACCCCAGCGGUACUUGAUGUUGUGAGGCCAGAAAGUACAGGAUGUAAGAAUGUACUGGACGUGCUGAACAGGGACAGGAAGAAGAACUCUCUGAUGAUUCGGGCACCAACUUCACCAAUUGUAAAAAGCGAUCAGCCAGGUUCCUGGUCUUGUGCUCUCCGAUUGGUUAAAACUUUGGAGGAAGAAUUGAAUCUGGAGGACGAGCCAAUGGAAGGGUCAGGAGACUGGGACAAGUCUCAAACACCAUUCGAGCCUCUCCCCCAAGACACACUUCUUCUGGACUGGCCCGUGGCUCCAGAUGGCUUCCUCCCCAACUCAGUGCUGCGUAACUGGAAUCUGAAGCAGGAGCCACCCAAGGCAGUUUUUCCAAAGGAGGCCAAAGCCCUUUGCAGACCAUUGUCACAGUCAGAGGAUGAACCAGAGCACUCAUCAGUAGUCACCGUCAUCCUUGCUAAGGCCAAAGAAGCAAGACUCAACAAACCAAUCCCCAUGCCUAAGCUGUUUGACACCCCAACCGAGUAUCAGUCCCCACCCGAAGAUGAUGGAAAUGAGCUUCUGAAGCAUAUCUCCGAGAGCAUAUGGCUGGUCUCCAGACCUGAUGUGGAUUUGGUGGAGGUCAUGAAAUCCCUGAUGUUGACCAUGGAGGGUAUGGACAGUGAUGUCUAUGAAAACUGCACAGAGGCCCUGCUCAGCAUGUUCCAGACCUACGACAUCCCACCGGAGAUCAUAAAUAACCUCACCUUCUGCCUCCUAAAACAUAUCCAGAAGGGGAACCCCCACUGGAAACGCCUGGAGGCCAUGAAGAACUUAGAUCAGCUAGAUCACUUCCAGGACAAACACCUGUACUUGCUGGCGGAGAUUCUCCUAGACCCAGCAAUGGACCUGCGGGAGAUGGCCAAGUACAUCCUGAACCGGGUCUACGGCAUUGACAACAAGACCAGCCUGCUGAAUAGAAUGCAGGCCAAAGAAGACGUACCCAAGAUGCUCUAUAAACAUCUAGAAAGAAAACUGUCUGAUGAUCUGGAGCACAAAAAAUCUACAGAUGCUCCCGCCAAACCCGUCGGCGGAAGGCUGUCCAGGCCAUAUGUACACAGGGACUCCAGGCCCUUGGAGUGCACAGCAAAGGACAACGGCACUCCAAGCUCAGAGCAAGAUCACAUGCGCACUCCUGACCUCCCUCUCAUUAGGUCCCUUGGGUGUAACCAUGAAUCUUCUAUCCUGAAAGAGGAGCCGGGACUCAGCCCACCAGGGGACGACUUCAUGCGCCCCCACCGCUCACCAAAGAAAUUCCGCAAAUUCUCUCUGUCCACAGCCAAGUGGGACAGCAUUGUGAAGAUCCCGGAGGAAGGGCACGUACAGGUAUAUGACCCCACCAUCAUAGAACUCUACAAGAAAUCCAAGCCCCAUAAGCAGUUGUGCAGCCAGCUCCCCACCACCAAGGCCCACAGUGACUCUUGGGUGAACUCAAUGGGGGUGAGCAAGGAGGCUAGUCUGGUGCAAUUUCCAGACAGCCCACAACACUUCAGGCUGAAGCCCGUCAAGGGUAAGGGAGACCCCAACUGGAGGGAAAGCCUGUACAAGCUUGUAUCCCAAUAUGGCUUCCGCUCCCCAAGGGCCAGACUGACCACUCUUGGCCCUCUGGAUGUCCCAGGGGCUGCCCAGCGCAACUGCUGCAACCUGUCCCCUUUUCAGACCAGGAAGGCCAGCCAGGUGUCCCUGGGCCAGAGGGUGGUGCAGAAGAUCCAGUUAAGGGAGUCGUCGUUUGAGAGGCCCCCCUCCCAGUUCCACCAUGGGCUGCCCCUGCCCUGGCAGCUCAACAGCCACACCAUGGACCCCUCUGGAGAAAGCAUGUAUGGGAGGCUGGAGGUGGACUGGGUGAGGGAGCCAAUGGAGCCACAGAUUGGGAAGAUGCAGAAAGUGAAGCUGCCCCCGAUAAUGUCUAGGUGUCAUCCAUCCUAAUCACCAGGGGGCAGUGUGGGGCUAAGGUUUCAUUUAGGCAGUGUUGUAUUGUCUCCAGAUAUCUGCUUGAUAAACAUCCCCCAAAUUGUGAUGAAAUUCUAAUGCAUUAAGCUUGUUGUUG